CUCAGUUCAGCAUCGCAGGCUGAGACAGCUGCUGUGUAUCCAGUGCUGACAUGGAUACCACCACUGGCUUUUGUUGAAACUGUUCACCAUAACAUCAAGCUGGGAAGCUAAAACUAGGGAAGCCCGCGGACAGGACCGAUAAUUUCUUGCAUGGGUGCCCUCAAGGGAUAGCCACUAUUCAGCCAUGUCCAAAAGCCUGAAGAAGAAAAACCACUGGACCAACAAAGUCUACGAGAGUGUCCUUUGCAGGAAUAAGGAAGGGGAGCUUGGGUUCGAGUUGAAGGGAGGCGCGGAGAAUGGACAGUUCCCUUAUCUUGGGGAGGUUAGGCAAGGCAAGGUGGCCUGCCAGAGCGGCAGACUGUCCCAAGAUGAACUACUCCUUGAGGUCAAUGAAACGCCAGUGGCCGGACUAACCAUCAGGGACGUACAUGCAGUGGUCAGACACAGCAAAGACCCUGUCCGCCUUAAGUGUGUCAAACAAGGGGGCGUCAUAGACAAGGACCUGCGUCACUACCUCAACCUGCGCUUCCAGAAGGCCUCAGUGGACCACGAGCUCCAGCAGAUCAUUAGAGACAACCUCUACCUCCGCACCAUACCCUGCACAACCAGGCAGCCCAAGGAGGGAGAGGUCCCGGGGGUGGACUACAACUUUGUGACUGUUGAUCAGUUUAUGGAAUUGGAGAAAAGUGGAGCCUUACUAGAGAGCGGAACUUAUGAAGAGAACUAUUACGGUACCCCCAAGCCCCCGUGCGAGCCCAGUCCUCUGCUGCUAAAUGUAACAGAUCAGCUCCUGCCGGGCGCCCGACCCAGCUCCAAGGGGAAGAGGAAACGGAACAAGUCGGUCAGCAACAUGGAGAAGGCCGGCAUCGAGCCACCCGAGGAUGAGGAGGAGGAGAGACCCGUUGUCAAUGGCAACGGCAAUGGCAUCACCCCAGAGUCCAGCGAACAUGAAGACAAGAGUACAGAUGUCUCCUCGGGGGACGUUCCCCCACAGACCUGUCCCCCCACCGAGACCCCCACCACCCCUAAUAACGAGGUCCCCCAGGAGGAGGGGGGCGAGCUAACCAAGUCACCCCCCAAACCAGAUGAGAAUGAGAGUGAGCUUGGCCCCCUGCCAGGCAACUGGGAGAUGGCCUACACAGAGAAGGGAGAGGUGUACUUUAUCGAAGCGGCUCUCACUCUGGACCAGUCUCAGUACCACCACACUGAGCUGCCGUAUGGCUGGGAGAAGAUCGAUGACCCUAUUUACGGAAGUUACUAUGUGGACCACAUAAACAGACGGACACAGUUUGAGAACCCAGUCUUGGAAGCCAAGAGGAGAGUCCAGCAACACCAGCAAAUGCAAGAGCAGGGUCUGUCCUCGCUGCCCCUACCUACUAUCUACAGAGAGAAGCCCCUGUUCACACGGGACGCCACCCAGCUGAAGGGCAGCUUCCUGUCCACGGCCCUGCAGAAGAGCAACAUGGGUUUUGGCUUCACCAUCAUCGGAGGAGACGAGCCAGAUGAGUUCCUGCAGGUCAAGAGUGUCAUACCUGACGGCCCCGCUGCACAGGACGGAAAGAUGGACACAGGUGAUGUCAUCGUGUACAUCAAUGACGUGUGUGUCCUGGGCACCACCCAUGCCGACGUGGUCAAGCUGUUCCAGUCAGUGCCCAUCGGGCAGAGCGUAACCCUGGUACUUUGCCGUGGCUACCAGCUGCCCUACGACCCCGAGGACCCGGGCGCCAGCGCCGGCGCCACCACCACCCUCCUCUCCCCCCUGGGCCUGAUGGAGCAGCGCCCCCUCCUGGUCAAUGGACGCUCCAACUACGACAGCUACAUGGACUACAUCUCGCGCACGGCACGUUUCGUCCAGGAGCACGGUGACCAACAUCUCAACGCCCACCACCACCAUCAACCCCUUCCGCCGCCACACCCCGGCGACACCCACCUGGACGGCUCCUCCCUGACGCCCGGCGGGCCGCACGGCGAGGACUCUGUGUCCAUGGCGUCAUCGGGGGCGACGCAGGCGGAGCUGCUGACGCUGACCAUGGUGAAGGGGGCGGAAGGGUUCGGGUUCACCAUUGCAGACAGCCCUACGGGCCAGAGGGUGAAGCAGGUGCUGGAGCCCCAGGGGUGUCCUGGUCUGUGUGAGGGGGACCUGAUCGUAGACAUCAACCAGCAGGGAGUGCAGGGCCUCAGUCACACCCAGGUGGUGGAGCUGCUCAAGGAGUGUGCCGUCGGGGCUGAGACAAGCCUGGUCAUCCAGAGGGGUGGAGGAGGUCACUAUUCACCCUGGAAGACCCCUAAACAGGUGUUGGAGCAGUGGGACGCGGCCCAAGGCCAGGGAGGGGGUCAGGGCAGCCCCCAGACCAGUCUGUCUGCCCCCGUUGUCCCCCACAACGCCCCCUUCCUGACCCGCCACCUCCACAGGGCCUCAGUCCCAGACUCUGCCCUCCCCGAGGGCUUUGAUCUGAGCAGGCCCGACCCCUAUGACCUCUAUGAGAAGUCCAGGGCUAUCUAUGAGAAUAGUAGGCAGCCAGGCCUGCCACGGACCAUCUUCUCUGUGGACCACUCAGGGGCAGAGUACCAGGAGGUGGAGGUCCACCUGAGGAGGCAGAAGUCCGGCUUCGGCUUCCGCAUCCUUGGGGGAGACGAGGCGGGUCAGCCUGUGAGUCCGGACACCCGUGAGAAGAUCCUGAUUGGGGCCAUCAUAGAGAAGAGCCCUGCGGACAGAGAUGGGCGCCUGCGGCCAGGCGAUGAGCUCAUCUUCGUGGACGGGAUCCCGGUGGCAGGGAAGCCCCACCGCUACGUCAUCGACCUGAUGCAUGGCGCCGCCCGCAAUGGACAGGUCAACCUCACCAUCAGGAGGAGGCUACAGGGCCCAGGAGAGCCGUGUCCAGAGAACGGCCGCAGCCCCGGCUCUGUGUCCACCCAGCACAGCUCCCCACGCAGCGACUUCACCAACGUCACGUAUCCUGGCAACAACGCAGCCCCACCCACUGACGCCAUGGGUACAGGUAGCACCACAGAUGGAGAGCCGACCUCCAGCGUGCAGCAGCCACCGAGUGAUGUCAUUAUCCACCGCAAGGAGAGUGAAGGGUUUGGAUUCGUCAUCAUCAGCUCGCUCAACCGGCCCGAGACCGCCGCCGCCAUCAGCGUGCCCCAUAAGAUUGGGCGUAUCAUCGACGGCAGCCCGGCGGACCGCUGUGGCAAACUGAAGGUGGGUGACCGCAUCCUGGCGGUGAACAGCCAGUCCAUCAUCAACAUGCCCCACGCCGACAUCGUUAAGCUCAUCAAGGACGCCGGCCUCAGCGUCACCCUCCAGAUCAUACCACAGGAAGAGCUGAGCCCGUCAGCCCCUAGCUCACAGAAACAGAGCCCAGCAGUGACCCAGCAGCACAGUCCUCAGGCCCAGCCCAGUCCCACCGUGGGCCAGCCCAGCCCUGCUGUCACCCAGCCCUGCCCUGCAGUCACUCAGCCCAGCCCUGCAGUCACUCAGCCCAGCUCCCUGACCCACCAGAGCCCCAUCACACAGACCCCAGCCCCCCCACCCCAGAUCUACACCCACGACAGCAGUUACAGGUCAGAGGUGAAAGCGAGGCAGGAUGUAAAACCGGACAUCCGACAGCCUCCAUUCACAGACUACAGACAGCCCCCGUUGGACUACAGACACCCUCCUGUAGCAGACUACCGCCAGCCACCCACCCUGGACUACAGACACCCUCCUCUGAUGGACUACAGACAGCUGUCCACUGACCCCAGGCACUUCCCUAUGCCUGUGCCCCACGACUACAGACAGAUCCAGCCACAGAUGCCACAAGUAUACCAGGACUUUGACUUCUUCACCGUGGAGCUGGAGAAGAGUGUGAAGGGGUUUGGCUUCAGUAUCCGUGGAGGGAGGGAGUACAAGAUGGACCUGUUUGUCCUGCGACUGGCCGAGGACGGACCCGCCAUCCGCAACGGGAGGAUGAGGGUAGGGGACCAGAUCAUUGAGAUCAAUGGGGACACCACCAGGGACAUGACCCACACCCGGGCCAUCGAGCUCAUCAAGUCAGGGGGCCGGCGGGUGCGUCUGCUCCUGAAGAGAGGCACAGGGCAGGUCCCAGAGUAUGACAGUACCUCCCCCUGGGAUGCACGCCCUUCAGCCUCCCCAAGUCUGUCGGAAGUAGCCCUGCCCCCAGACACUCUGACCAUGCCAUCGCCCUCAUCUCAUCUGACCCCGCCCCAGCAGCCCCCAGGCCCCGACCUGGCUCGCCUGCCAACGCAGGAGGUCCCGUGGGAGCCGGCGGCGCAAGAGAGCAGGAGGGUGGAGCGCUCCCAGAGCCCCCGGAAGGCCUCGACCGAGCCGCAUAAUCCGGAUCAGACCGGCCACGGGAGGAGGGACCGGGACCGGCCCAGUGGGAGUGGUUGCAGUAGUGGGAGGGCCAAGCAGAAAGAAGGUGGCAGGACCACCUGCAGAGGGAGCGGCCCCAAAGACGGAGGGCCGGUGGGGAGGGAUGAGCUGCUACCUGGGGGAGGUUUGCCCAAAAGCUCCUCCAGGGGGAGGUCUAAGGAGAGGAUAGCUGGGGGGAGCAGCAGCACGUCCCACGGGAAAAGAGAACCCACACAGUCCCCGACGAAAAACUCCCAGCCCUCAUACACAAACUCUAACGGGAACGGCAGCAGCGGUGGUGGUACUCAGAGCGGCAGCAGCAGUCACCCAGACGUUGGGCAUCAGGGGGAGCCGGCGCAGGAGAAGCCCAGGCCCAGAGAGGCAGAGAGGGGCCCUGGAGAGACCCGGCCCUGCCGCCCCACCAAGAGCACCAGCAGCGGCAGCGCAGUAGCAGGUAGGAAGGCCACCGUGUCCCCUGGGCCCUGGAAGAUCCCCGGCUCUGACAAGCUGCCCAGCACCCUGCGCUCGGGCACGUCCACUGUGAGCAGAUAACACCUUGGAGUAUACCCACUACCAGACCCCCAGGCCGGGCUACACUAAGCCUGGCUAGCCCCUUCAUUUUCUCCCCUCGCCCUGCCUCCACUCCUCCAUGCGUUUUUAGAGAACCAUUUUUAUUUAUAUUGUACUCUAAAUUAUUUUGAGAGAUAUUUUACACCGACCACCUUAAGAACUGGAAAGCAUCCACUUAAAAAUUAAAAACAAGAAGAAACCAAGCAGAAUGUGUGUAGCGUGACGGGAGCAGUGUUAAUUAAGGGGUUCGAAUACAGGAAGUUCAUUUGGAAGUGCUCAAAUCCCCACAGCACUCCAGUCCAGGACGUACAUGCAAAUUGAACCACUCACCGAUUGGUUGACUGUGACACUGCAGUUUUUUUUAUACAACGGAGUCUAUUUUAUGAAAAGGAAUGUUGAAGAGGGGUUGCCUGUUUUUGUGUAUUUUGAAAAGAGAGAAUGAAAACCAGAACUAGAAAAAGAGUAUACGCAUUAAUGGAACUUUGCCUUAAAUAAGAGACUGUACGAGACUGAAGAAGCUAUCCCGAGGAAUCUAUCAAAUGGUAUAGAAAUACAUCUAUUAUAUGAUGAGUAUUAAUAUGUGGGACGUGAUCAUCUCUAAUGCAUACCUAGUCGGGCCAAUGGUAGUUCUGAGACGCCUCAUAAGCUAGACAAGUGAAGGAACACAACACCGUUUUUCCACACUCCCUUAUAACUCCACAGCCCAGCCUAUGAUAUUGCAUUUCUAGUCUGUGUGGACCCAUUCUACGAGACUGCAGUGGACUCUAAGGGCUGUUCGUGCUUGAAUCAUCAACGGUUGGGUCACAGGAGAUACAUCUCCCCCUCACUGUGCUUCGCGAACAAAGCAAUUUGCUGAGGUUUGUCUGGUGGAGAGAGUGAAGGCUCAUGGGAUAUCGGGGCAGAGUGCCUUACGAUCAGGGACAGACGGACAGAGAGGUCUGUUAUGGACUUAUAGAACCUAGAACACUCUCUAGACUGAUGUGGUUCAAUCCAGGCUGCUAUCGUACAGUCAAUACCAAUGUCCCAAUAUUCAUAUACAUCUGUGCCAUGACGGACAUUCAUGUUUUUAUAUCUGAUUGUUGAAAUUUGUUCACUAUAUUUACAGAACCCACAGUAUUUAUUUUGUCAGAAAACAUUAGCAAAUCUUUCCAUUUCCUUACAGAUUGAAGAUAGUUCCACAACUUUGUGGGGUUCUGUUGGUAUCUCAUCGUCAGAUAUCGAAACGUCUAGGCAGAACAUCUCUAACAGAUGGUGUAAUCGUGUUUGGGUGAAAAUAUGGCAAGUGUAUGAAAGCAGGAAACUACACUAGUAUUUCUGGUGGGGAUCAGAGAGAGAGAGAGACAUUGCCAUUUGUCACGAGCUCAUUCAUCACAAUGUGUCUAAUGGUCUGUGGCUUCACUUAACGCUGUUCAUUUACACGAGACAUGAAACACUUAUCUCCCAAAGACACAUAUUUAUACAUUACAACUGACAACUGUCUUGAAUAUUCAUUUCCACAUUUGUUUAGUCUCUAAGUGAUGCCGUCUACAUAGCCAGCUACGUUAAUAUACUGUAUAUAUACACACAUCUCUCUCUACCAGAUUGUGUCCCAAUUAACUUCGGAACUCUAGACAGUGGAGGCUCUGUCAGUGGCUCUGUCUGAACUUUACUGUCACCAGUUUACACAGAUACACAGUUAGACACACACACACACACACACACACGUCCCUCAGAACCGCCUUGUCAUCCGAUGACUAAGGCAGAGUUUUUUUAGUUUUUUAAACUCUCUCAAACCCUCUCUCUGGCCCUGGGACUCACAGAAGCUAAUUCAUCUGUCGCUCUGAUGACUAUUAUACUGUACAUGGAGAUGUGGAGAGACUACAAUCAUCUAGACAUUAUGAUCAUUGACAGACACAAGAAUCAUUCUUGGCGAUAAAAGAAAAGUCAUUUAGGAGCAAUCUGAAUGUGUCCCCUUUAGUUUCUGCAGACAUCUGAUUUUUGAGUGGUAAUUUGCAGUGUGUCUAGCUAACAAUCCAGCAAAGAGAGGACGACAUUGGCAGAACAAAGCUGCCCCCCCCCCCUCGGGUGGAAGAAAUGCAGACAGUCUUUCAGAAUAGGAAUGAUACGAGAGAGGUGAGUGAUGCUCGGGGGCCGUUGGAAUUUCUAUUUACGAGAGGAAAAAAUACUUAUUUAAAGCACAAAGUGGUUCAGAGAAUUGCCAUAUAAAUUGUGCUGGGGAACUGACCCUGAGUAGACAGGAGUCUGUGGCUCAGCUGCUGUCUGGGCCUGUUUGAAUACUUUAACAAUGCAUCCUUCCUCUCCUCCUUCUCUCUUUUCUAACAUUGUGUAAGAACAGUGGUUACUUCAAGUAAGUAGGCAGCAGGUAGCCUAGAGGUUCAGAACGUUGGGCCUGUAACUUAAAGGUUGCUGGUUUGAAUCCUGAGCCGACUAGGUGGGAAAUCUGCCCAUGUGCCCUUGAGCAAGGCACUUCGCCAUAAUUGCUCCGGAUAAGAGCAUCUGUUAAAUGACAAUAAAGACGUAUAUAAUAAUGUAAAACAGGUACAUGUUCAUUCAUGUAAGUGUCACUGGUUACUUCAAGAAAGGAUUCAUUUGAACAGUGCCACUGUGUUCACCCCACACACAACCAUUCAUAUAGUGUCUGGCCAGUCCUGACUGUAUACUGCACCUUCAUCACUAAGCCUAUCAUGACUUCUGUGUAGACUAGAGACAAGGGAGAAUGUCCUUCCUUCGUUGCACAGUUCGCCGCUUUUUCUCGUCAGAGCAGUCCCCCAUUGAGGCAAAUAUCAGUACUUUUCUAUGGACAGAUCAGAAGAGAUAGGUAUAUCUAAAACGGUGAGUGUGUUGAAGACUGACGCAUGUACAAUACAUGAACCCCCUGAGCCUACCUAAUGCAGCAGGGUAUCACUGUGUAGUGUUAUUAUUAGCCGUGGUAUUGACCUUGUACAGGUGUGUCGCUAUUAUAAAUAUGACUCAAUGUAUUAUUAUGGAUAGUCCCAGACUAGAAGUGAACGGCCUAUUUUUAUGAAAUGCAACACUAUGGAUAUAUUAACUUUUGCAGAAAUCUUGUUUACCGUAAUGAUAUUCUGAAAUGCUGUCAAAUAAAAUUUUGACUCGGUGUAAA